AUGAAGAAGCUCAAAUCCAUAGUCGACGGAGAGACGGUCCUAAAGUACCAGGUUGCCGCGGAGGAACUCGAUGCACUAGUCUCCGUCAAAUCCGACGAAGACCUCUGCUACAUGUUGGAUGAAAUCAACCGCUGCGAGGCUGCAGGGGGGCCCCGACUGCGGGCCUUCCUCUUCCCGCCAGCCCCCGUCCUGAUGGAGCACCACCAAACGGGCUCCUCAUUCGAGCUCCACACAGCUCUCGCCCACCGAUACAUCGACGCCAUAAACGGCAUCGUUCGCUGGCAACCUCACUCCAUCAAGAAACACCCAAUGCUGAUGAUCAAUGCCGCCGCCCACCACGGGCUCUUCUCCUUGUCCAACUGCUCGUCAUCAUCGCCCGGGUCUCCGGACACCGAGGGCGGUCUGAACGGUGGCGAGCUGGCAACGGUUGCCCCGAUCAACUAUCAUCACAAUUAUUACAGCACCAGCAGAGUAGAUAUGCAUAAAGUUCAGAGUUCAACUAGCCUAUGCAGCAGCAGCAGCAGAAAGAAGAAGGGUCCUGUUCCCGACUGGCCUCAGCCCCAGCCCAAGCACAGCAGCAAUCGAGACAUUUGA